GAGAGAAUGGAAGUGGAGCUUAGUUGGGCCGGGCCUUUGUUGCAGCCCAGUUUAGUGUAUACUACAGGAAAAAGUUAUUUUUUACCUGAACUUUGGACGAAUCCAUGUUUCCUCCUUUAACAAUAAAAUCAUCCGUCUAUAUACUCGCAAUACCGGACACGUGACCUAUCAGACCGGUUAUAUUUAUUUUAGCUGAAUUUGAAAAAUCAUACUAAAUAAAAAAUUAUAAAAUGAAAAAUCCAAUUUUGUUGGACUCCAGACCUAUGCAGUGAACAUAUAAUAUAAUAUAAUUUAGUAAAAAUAUUUAUUAUACUUUUAGAUAUAUAUACUUUUCUGUAAUUAAUUUAUAGCUACAGUUUCCGUGAUCCAAUUAUGGUGAAACUUUUAUGGUGGGAUAAUCAUUAUAUUAUUGAGUUGUUGUAAAAAUUUCAUACUUAUUGGAUCAUCUAUGCUUGAGCAACUGAAGAGUUUCUAAUAUAGCUUGAAAUUCAAAAUAGAACUUUAAUAGUUUUUAACUUAAUCAAAGCAAUCGAUAAUUCAGUUCGGUAAUUUCUGACCAGUUUGGAUAGCUACAGGUCGUAAUCCGAUUCUUACUUGGCUGUCUUUGCAAUGCAUGUGAGGCCCGGGACAGGGACCGGGCGGAGCGCAUGCCCACCGCUACGUACGACUACUGUUUGUGUGUGGGUGUGGGCUGUGGGGUCGUCGUCGUCGUCAUGCGAUGCCAAUAUGCAAUGCAUCCCCCAUCCAUCUCAGUAUCAUUCCUCAGCACACACAGGGAUAUAUAUCAGUCGAUCCAUCCGAUCCGAUCCUCAUUGAUUUUAACCAACAAGCAAAGCAAGCACAAGCAUGGCGUCGCCGAAGCACCACCAUAAUAAGCCGUCGUCUACUACUAAGAAGAAGCGCCGCCCCCUGCUGCUCCGCCGUGCGAUGCUGCAUUCCUGCCUCUGCUUCCUGCUGGGUCUCCUCACCGGCCUCGCCCCCUCCGACUGGGCCGACGCCGCCUCCCGCGCCGCCAACGCCCAGGUCUUCCGGGCAGUCCGCGCCAUCAACCACACGGCGGCCCUGCUGCAGCUCAAGACCAGGACGACGUCGACGAGCUACCACCACCAGCAGCACCAGGAAGACCACCACCAGCUGCUGGUGGUGACGACGACGACGGGGCUGUCGCCGGAGCGCGAGCGGCGGUCGGCGGCGCUGACUCGCACCGCGCACGCGCUGCGGCUGGUGUCUCCGCCCGUGCUGUGGCUGGUGGUGGAGGCCGCGCGGGAGGCGCCUCCCACGGCCACCCUGCUGCGCCGCACGGGGGUCGUCUACCGCCACCUCACCUUCACCGACAACUUCACGUCGGACGCCUGGGAGGAGGAGCGCCACCACCAGCGGAACGUCGCGCUGGGGCACAUCGAGCAGCACCGCCUGCGCGGCGUCGUCUUCUUCGCGGGCCUCGCCGACGUCUACGACCUCCGCCUCCUCGAGCAGCUCCGGCGGAUCAGGACGCUGGGUGCGUGGCCCGUGGCGACAGUGUGGGAGCAGGAGAGGAGGGUGGCCAUCCAAGGGCCCCUCUGCAGCAGCAGCGGUGGCGCGGCUGCAUCGGCCGCGUGGUUCUCCUCCUCCUCCUCCGGCGCCGGCGGGGGGUUCAUCAGGUUCACAACCAGGCCCACGCCCCCGCUCACGUCAGACGACUCCGUCCACGGCUUCGCCUUCGCCAGCGACCUGCUCUGGGACCCUGCCAGGUGGGACCGCUUCCCGACCACCGAGCCCGACCAGUCGCAGGAUUCCAUCAAGUUUGUGCAACGGUUGGUGAUGGAGGAUUACAACAAAACAAAGCCCAUCCCUGAUUAUUCCAACUGUUCGCAAGUCAUGGUCUGGCGUGUCGACACUACGCUCCUCCUGUUCUAAUCAUCGAUCACAGGUCAAUAGCUAGCUAGCUUCACUGUUAGAUGCAUGCAUACUACACUAGUAUACUAUGUCACAGCUAGUUAAUAAUUUGCAUGCUAGUUUAAUUUCACAUAUAUAUAUAUAUAUAUAUUGAUAUAA